GCGACCCACACACAGAGGUAGCUCGGAUGAGCGCUCCCUGCAGCUGAGAGCUGGGAUCAGGACUCCGGGGGCUCGGGAUCGGGGGUUUCUCCAGUGUUGCGUGCUGUGGGGGGCAGCAGGGGAUCCCAUGCGAUGUGAGUAAGCUAUGCAUUUUGGAAAUGCCCAGGCUGAAGCCCUAAGAAGAAAAGAUGGCGCCUCCCCCCCUGUGCUGGGACUGCAGCUCUGCCCCCUCUUCUUCCUUCUUGUUGCUGGGCUCUUGCUGGGGCUCGGAUCGGGGGCAGCAACGGGAUGGUGCCAACCAUGCCCGGGUAACUGUACCUGUGCCAACGACACUUGCCUGGUGAACUGCUCUGGUGCAGGGCUGCUGGAGCUGGAGACUGUCCCUGCCAGUGUGACAGUGCUAGAUCUUUCAGACAACCGCAUCGAGACCCUGGACAGAAGACUGUUUGAGCAGCUACAGAAUCUGACAGACUUGGACCUGAGUGACAAUCCAUGGCUUUGCGACUGCCGUAUGUCAUGGCUUCCUCUAUGGGCAGCUGAAAAUGGGGUUAGAUUGGAGAAUCCUGACUCUACCCUCUGUGAUGGGCCUCCUGUGGUAUCUGGCGAGCAGCUGCUCAAUGUCUCCUUCUCCAAGACCACGUGUGGAGGUGACCUUAUCUUUUGUCCACAAAAUCUGUCUUCUGCCGAUGAAUCCUUGUUGACCUUUACGCCCUUCCACCUGUCUCACCCAACGAAUGAGACUUGCAGUGCACAGUGUUUUGCUAACCUCUCCAACUUCUGGACCCUCGACCCCAAACAUGGUUGCUUUUGCGGUGACAUCAUCUCUACCAACAUGUCUCUUCAGUGUCAGGAGGUCUGCAGUUCUCCUUCCAUUUUUUCUAGCUGCAACCUAACCAUUGUCCAAGAGGCCACCAGCACCAAGUCAUUCGCCAUCUUGCAGAGCUCCCAAGAAACCUAUAGGCUCUGGGAUUCUGUGCAUUUAGAAGUCAAGGCUCCAAUCCCUGUUACUCCUCUCCUCUGGGAUUUUGGAAAUCAGAUCUAUAGCACCAGUGAUCUUAACAUUACCCAUAGGUAUGCCCAGCCUGGGAUGUACAACGUGACCGUGACUCUUCGACUAGGGAGCAGAGACCUCAUCAUUCAUGAUGAACUGAGAGUGGUUGGGUUGCCUGAGAAGAUACAGAUCAUUUGCCCAUCCUUGGUGAAAACUAAUGACAAUGUGGAUGUCCAGGUGAAGGUGAGAGGUGGAACUGAACUGGCGGUGGAGUCUACUGUAACAUCAGAGAGUGGUGAGGAAGUGUCCCCUGCCUGUCCACCUGGAAGUGUGGUGUGCCCCCUUAAUAACCAUUGUUACCAGUUAGUAGUGGAAAAAGCCGGCUGGUUCGAUGCGCAGAAGGUCUGCCAGGAUCUCGGAAAUGGAGACAUGGCCGUUGUGAGCAGUCAUGAGUUGCAGAAGUUUCUGGAGACCCGGGUUACCAGUGGUCUGGAGGUGUGGAUAGGAUUCAAUGACACCAGAAGUGCCGAAUCCCUCCCAGCAGGGAAGCGGUUUGACCUGGAGAGCUGCCAGAACUGGCUUCCAGGGGAGCCCGAGCCAUCCCAGGCAGAUCGCUGUGUGAGAAUGGGACCCAAUGGGGUGUGCAACACCGACCUGUGCAGCUCGAAACACAGCUACGUGUGUGAAUACAAGCCACAAGCUCUUACUCUAAAUGCUGAAUACUUUGUGGUGGGAGCUUCGGUGUUUGAUACAAACUGGCCCCUGCAGAACUUGUCAAGAGCAGAGAAUGUGUCCUCUCCUGACGAAGGGGUGGAGGUGCUGAUGUUCCCUGAGUUCAGGUUCACACAGACCGUCUACUUAUCAGCUCUAGAAUUUGUUACUGAAGAUCUGGAAGAGUCUGCCCAGAUGAGGUUCCAAGUAUACACCCCAAGUACAGUGCAAGGUUGCCUGGUGAAAAGUACCUUCUCUCCAAUUUCCCCCCUGCCCAUCAACGAGAGUUUCCCCGAGUGUGAGGAAGAUCUGGAGCCUUCUAAUUACACCAACAGCACUUUACCGGUGGAGAGCGGCUGCUUCCCUGCCACCGAAUCUGCCAUCUCUGCCACCGAAUAUGCCAUCUCUGCCACCGAAUAUGCCAUCUCUGCCACCUCAUUGCCAACCCAGUCCAGUAACAGUCUUCCUAACUUCAUCCUGAUGAAGGAGUAUUUCUUCAUAAUACCUCCAGGAAACGCAACUCAGUAUUUGGCAUCUUUUGAGGAUGUGAGCAUUGAGGUGCUACCGGGUUCCCUCAUUGUGGUCCAGCAUGAUGCACCACCGAAAAAGUUUCUGCAUUGCCACUCUACCAGAUCUUACCACGUUGUUCACCAGCAGAGUUGGAUGGACUGCAUUCCUGGGGAUCUCCUCGGAGGAUUAUUAGUCAACAGCACAGUUGAUUGGCCCAGUAAAGUCGAUGGUGGAGCAUCUUGCUCCAUAAGAGUCAUUGGUACCUCUGAAGAAAAUUCUCAUAUUUUUAGCCAUUCACCAAAUGGUGGUCUCAAGAAUCCUGGCAGAUACACCGUCAUGGCAAAAUUCAGUAACCAGUUGCUUGAGGCUAAUCAUUCUUGUACCUUCACUGUGGUGUCACCAGUUUCAGGCUUGGAAGUGGCUUACCCAAUCCCUCAAGAGGAGAUCUAUUAUGUCCCUGUCAAUAACACUGUUCUGGUCCUCAAACUCCUCACAGGUUCCAAUGCGACAGCCUAUUGGGUUGGCACCAACCAGAGCUGGAGCUUUGGGCAAACAUGUCCUCCAGUGAUUUCCACACGCAACACUCAGUGUGAUGCAGUAGGAAGUGACAUUUCUUAUGCCGAGAUCAACCUCCAGGGUCUCGGCAAAGAAGUUGUGGAAGUCGUUAUAUUAGUGGAAAAUGAGAUAAGCUCAGAAAACAGAACAAUUCAAGUAAAAAUGGAGGAACCCAUCAGAGGACUGAGCAUCAGCCCAUACCCACAGGAGAGAGUUCUGGUCAACACCCGGGUGAACAAUGUGGCUUCUGUGGAGUCUGGAUCUGACGUGGUGUUCAAAUGGACAGUGGACGAUCGCUCUUCUCUUACCUACUGCUACACCGUCUUCAAUGUAAUCUACCAGACGUCAGCUGUGUACAAGCUAACGCUGACCGCCUCCAACCACGUCAGCAGUGCCUCCUUAACCUACAAUGUCACAGUAGAGCAGAUGAACCCAAUGCGAAGUCUUCAAGUCAGUGGAGUCCCAAGCAUUGUGACCCAGAAUGCAUUGCUAGAGCUCUCUGCUACCAUCAUACUUGACUCUGCAGUUGAGGCCACAUUCAGGUGGACGUUUGGGGAUGGCACACAAGAAGAUUAUCAUUUCAAGCCUCCAUAUAACCAGUCGUUCCCUGUUCCUGACCUGUCUGUUCAUAUGGUGCUUAUAGAGAAUAACAUUACCCACACCUAUCAGGAAUCCGGAGAAUACAAUUUGACAUUGACCGUCUUCAACAAGUAUGAAAACUCGUCUCAGGAGGUUCCCCUGCAGGUUCAAGGAUCCUUGACCAACUUAACCAUUGUUACUGAUGUUCCAGUCUUGGUCAGUGAGAAAUCUGUCAUUUUUCAAGUAAUCCCUGAACCCUCACCAUUCGGUGUCCUCUACACCUGGGACUUGGGUGAUGGCACCUUCUACUAUAAUACCAGUGAGCUAGCGUUGAAUCACACGUAUGCCAGAUCUGGGACAUACAACGUCAGUGUCCAUGCUGUCAAUGACAUCAGUGAGAUAUGGGCAGUAAAGGCCGUCCAUGUUUAUGAGGAGAUAACCGGUUUGGUUGUGUCAUCUGAUGAACCAACUGAGAGGGGCUUACAGACCUUUAUCAAUGCUUCGGUGGAAACUGGGGACAAUAUCACGUGGAGGUUCAACAUGGGCGAUGGGCACAUAUUCGAGGGUAACGAGCCUAUGAUGAACUAUACAUAUGUCAAAGAUGGAAAUUACACGGUUAAUGUAACUGCUAGCAAUGCGGUCAACUCUUUGUCGGAGUUCCUUCAAGUCCGCGUGUAUGUCCUACAGGUACUUAAAAUAGAACCCUCUACUUGCAUCCUCGAAAAUGCGAAUGUGACACUCACGGCGUAUGUUACAGGGGAUUAUGAACACUAUACCUUUAACUGGACCUUUGGCAACAAUUCCUCAAGUAUCACCAUUUAUGGGAUCCCAUCAGUAGAGUGGGACUUCUCGUCAAGUGGAAUAUUCCCGCUUUCCCUUAUACUCUCCAGCCAGGUAAACAAAGCUUAUUAUUACACCAAUGUUUGCAUCGAGCCUGAAAUCGUCAACGUCACCUUAUUGCCGGCACAACAGAAUAUAAGUCUAGGCAAAGAAAGUCAUUUCCAAGUCAUUGUCUUCCCUGCCUACCAGUACAGAUAUGUAUGGGACUUUGGGGCAAAUGGUUCUAGAUAUAACGGUGGGACGGAGGUCCAAUUCUUGUACAGAGUUCCUGGUGUGUAUCAAGUAAUGGUGUCUGUGUUCAACAACGUCUCUUUCCACAAUGGUACUGCGUUGGUAGAUGUCCAAGAACCCAUCGGGACUAUCAAAAUUGAACACAAUGGGACACAGUUUUUGGAACUAGAUCACAUCUACUUAUUUUCGGCCGUAGGAAUUGGAACUAAAGUUCAAUAUCACUGGGAUUUUGGAGAUGGGAACACAGCUGAAGGAAAGACAGUGACUUAUAUUUACAACACCACAGGGAGCUUUACCAUCAUUCUGAAUGGUUUCAAUGGUGUAAGUAGCAGUAGAACCCAUAUGAACAUAACAGUCAAAACUCGAAUACAUGGACUAACCAUGAACGCCACCAGGACUGUGAUUCCUCUGAACGGUUCCGUGACCUUCUCUGCUUUCCUCAAGUCAGGAGAUGAUGUCCGAUAUUCAUGGAUACUGUGUGAUCGUUGCUCUCCAAUAUUUAGUAAUUCCACAAUUUCGUACACUUUCCGCUCUAUCGGAACAUUUAACGUCAUCGUGACGGCUGAGAAUGAACUCGGUUCCCUCCAGGAUAGUAUUGUUAUAUAUGUAUUACAGACCAUUGAAGGACUUCAAAUUGCAACAGGUGAUUUGGUCAAUGAUUGCUGUUUCCCGACCAACAAGAGCCUACCUCUACAGGCCACCAUUAAAGAUGGGACCAAUAUUUCAUACAGUUGGUUUAUCUUAAAGAAUGACAGUGUAAUUCAGAGUGGGACAGGCAAAACUUAUCAGUUCAUGAGUGUGGAACCUGAAACUUAUACCAUUGUUCUCAAGGCGGUCAAUAUGUUGGGAAAUGCAAGCGUCAGGAUCAACGUGGUGUUUGUGGAAACCCUUGGCCAAAUUCAUCUCUUGGUGUUCCCUAAUCCAGCUCCUCUCAACACAACAGUCAACAUUACUAUGAGUUUGAGCAGUGGGUCUGGGGUGAUGUACACUUGGUAUCUGGAGGAAAGUGUGGUCUGGUUCACUUAUGAAUCCUACAUAUUGUAUAGUUUUCAAAGCCCUGGUCCAAAGGAGGUACUUGCCAUUGCCAACAACACAUUAGGCUCUUUCAACUCAACAAUCACAAUCUUUGUUCAAGAGCCAGUUGAGGGUUUAUCCAUAAUGAGCUUGGACCAUAAAGGAGAUUAUGUGCCCACGGGGACUGUCUUGUACCUCACCAGCAGUGUUCAGCAUGGUACAAAUGUGUCAUGGAUCUGGAGCAUUCCUGGUGGGAACAUCGAUGGAAAAGUGGCCAUUGUUCCAUUUGAGGAAGCUGGGUUCUUCACAAUUAGCCUCAAUGCCUCAAAUGAUGUGAGUUGGGAAAUUGCAUACAAAAACAUCACAGUCCAAGACAGAAUACAUGGUCUGAAACUGCACGUGAGCAAGAUAGAGGUGGAACCUGGGGAGUUGGUCACCUUCAACAUCAGUUUGUCUGCUGGUUCCUCUGUCCGCUAUAUGCUGACCAUAAAUGGAGACUUCUCCAUUGUUCUUAACAGUACCACUUACACAUACGAGUUUAACAAAAUUGGUGGCUAUCCUGUGACUGUGGUGGCACAAAACGAAGUGAGUGAAGAACGGUCAACGGUCAUGAUAUCCGUGCUUGAAGCCAUAAAGAACUUGAAACUUGUAAAUUGUUGUGAAGAUGCCAUACCAGCUAGGAUCGAGAAAAACUUCAGAGCAGCAGUCAGUCAUGGUUCUUUGGUUGCCUACAAUUGGCUUUUUGACCUGCAGGGUCACCCUGCCACCAGUUUAGCAGGAGGAAAUGUGACUUACACCCCAGUAGGUGCUGGAGCCCUCACCAUACACAUCAGUGCAUCGAAUGCUCUGGGAAGUCAGAACAUCUCAAAGUUUAUAAAAGUCCAAGAACUGAUUGUAGGACUCAACUUGAUUCCAGUCAAUGCAUUCGUAAACAGAAGUGUAACAUUUAAUGCCCUCGUGCUUCCAAGCCCUCUGGAUGUUAGAUAUGAAUGGUCUUUUGGAGAUAAUACUCCUCUUUUAGUAACAUACUCAGCAUCUCUCAACCAUACUUACCAGGCACCUGGAGACUUUAAGGUGAAGGUCAAUGCCUCUAAUCUAAUCAGUUUUUGGGUCUCUGUAAUAACUGUGACCACACGGAUACUUGAGUGCGAGGAACCAGAAGUACAGCUAGAGCUGCCUACUCAAGUGAUUAUGAGAAGAUCCCAGAAGAAUUAUAUUGAGGCUGAGAUCAAUCUCCGUGGAUGUAUCAGCUACCAAACCAAACACCUAUGGGAGAUUUACAAAGCAGCCAGCUGCCUUCACUACCGCGAGUCUGACAAGGUCCACCUUCUGAAUGUUGAUAUGAGCCGACCUCAGCUGGUAGUGCCUAAGCUAGCUCUCGAGAUUGGAGACUAUUGCUUUGUGUUCUCAGUGUCCUUUGGAGACACACCAUUGUCUAAAAGCAGUUAUGCCAAUGUUACGAUGUUGCCGAGCAGACUGGUGCCGAUCAUAGACGGAGGAUCCUAUAGAGUUUGGUCAAGUAGUCGGGAUUUAAUAUUGGAUGGGAAGAAGUCUUAUGACCCAAAUCUUGAUGAAGAAGAGCAGACACCCCUCUCAUAUAAAUGGUCAUGUACAACGCUGACAAAGAGUUUACAGAGUGCUCCAUGUAAUUCAGAAGUCACUUCAGAUAUGGGUGAGAUGUCCAUACACAAGUCAAAGCUGGAACCUGAUGUGGAGUACACCUUUUUCCUGACUAUCAGUAAACCCGAUAGACAUCCUGAGUCCACCAACCAAACGGUAUUAAUUAAAAAAGGCAGCAUUCCCAUCGUGUCUCUGAAGUGUGUGUCCUGCAAGGCGCAGUCUGUGUAUGAAGUGAGCGCCAGCUCCUAUGUUUACCUGGAAGGAUCCUGCAGUAACUGUCAGGAUGAGGCGCGGUCUGGGAGGUGGACAGCUCAGAGCUUCAGCAACAAGACCUUGAUCCUCAAUACCAGCACCACAACCACAGGAGACCGAGGGCUGAACCUCGUUCUCAGACAGGGAGUGUUAAAAGACGGGGAGGGGUACACGUUCACCCUUCAUGUCAGCGAUCCCACCAUGGAGGAAGAAGGAUUCGCAUCCAUAGAUCUGCUCCCCAAUAGUCCACCUUCUGGGGGAACCUGUAGAAUCUUUCCUAAUGGGACCAUCCAUGCGCUGACCGACCCAGUCCACUUUGAUUGUACAGGAUGGAGAGAUACAGAAGAUGAGGUGUCUCUAGUCUUCAUCUUGAGGGCUAAGCGCUGCCGCGGCGGGCACUGCGAUGACUUCUGGGUCUACAAGGGCAGCCGGUCAGAGCACAUCACCUUCCUGCCUGUUGGCUACCAGGAGUCCAACUUCAUGGUGGAAGUUUCUAUACUUGUGCAGGACCAGCAGGGGGCAACAGCGGUGGCCUUAAACCACACCAUGGGUAUUUUGAUGCCAGUCCUCCCAGAUCGAUUUCAGAGCUUCGCAGAAUGGUUGCACAACCUCACAGAGUCUCGCUUGCGGGGUUUAUUGAAGCAGGGGGACCCCCAGCAUGUUGCUGAGUAUUCCUUGGCUCUCAUCACCGUUCUGAAUGAGUAUGAAAAAGUCAUGAGCAAGCAGGAAGAGGCAAGUGAGCAGACCCUUGGGAAAGUGCGCAAAAAUAUAACCGAUGCCCUCAUAUCUCUGAAAGUUAACACGGUGGAUGAUAUACGGCAGAUCGCAGCAGCGCUUGCGCAGUGUACGGUGGCCAGUAAGGAGUUGGCAUGUGUGUCUUGUCAGCGGACAACGCUCAGCAAGCUGGAAGCCAUGAUGUCCAUCUUGCAGAAUGAAACGACACAAGGAAUGAUGACCCCGACCACCAUUGCUGACAACAUCUUGAAUAUCAUGGGUGAUGUUAUCCAUCUGGUAAACACCAAGUCCUUCGUCCACAAAGGAGAGAAGCUAUGUGGUGCCCUCAACAAUGCCUCUGUUGCCUCCAAAGCUUACAAUCUUUCUUCUGACCUCAUGAGAAUUUUGAUGAAGUCGAGGGUCCUGAAUGAGGAGCCUUUGACCCUCCAGGGUGGGGAGAUCCUGGCCCGGGGCAAACGCUCGGAUCCUCUCAACUUGCUCUGCUACAGUAACAGGACGGGCUGCCAGUUCUUCAUUCCACAAGGAUUUAACAGCACCUUCCCGGACCUCACCGACAUCAUCCAGGUCAUGUUCCAAGUGGACUCUAAUCCCUACCCUUACGGCUUCAUCAGCAACUACACCGUGUCCACCAAGGUGGCAUCUAUGGAGUUCCAGACUAGUAAUGGUAGCCAGAUCCCGGUGGAGAGCUUGGAUUCGGAAAAGGCCAUAACGGUUAGCGUUGCCAAUAACACUGGUGUCGGGAAUAUCACAGCUGGCGUGGCCAACAUUGAGAGACGGCGCUCGGUGAAAGUGGACCUCGAAGCAGAGAGCAGUAAUAAGAACGCAGGACUUCAUAUACAGAUUACUUACACGGUGCAGGAUGAGAGAUACAAAGACAGUGAACCUGAGCCGUACAUCUCUGUCUAUCUACAUGAGACCAGUCAUCCGAACCAGUAUAACUUCAGCGACAUGAAGCAGAUCAGCGAGGACUCUCUGUCAGGAGAUGACCACAAGCUGUACACGUUCUUCAUAGCCCCCACAGAUGGAAACCUGACCAGACGCUACUACCUAAACAUCACGAACCAUUACAUGUGGUCGCCUGUAGACGUGACGGUGGGCCUGUAUACCUCCCUGUGUCAGUACUUUGAUGGUAACAAGAUGAAAUGGAAGACAGAGGGCCUUGUACCGCUGGAGGACACCAGACCAGACCAGGCUGUGUGUCUAACCCAACAUCUCACGGCAUUUGGGGCCAGCCUCUUCGUCCCACCUCACUCUGUCAACUUUAUCUACCCGCCGCCUCCUCCUGGUAUUAACUACAUUGUGCUGCUCACGUGUGCCGUCUGCUUUGCUACCUACUCUGUGGCCACCAUUAUUGUCCAUAAAUUGGACUUGCUGGACGUCAGUAAGGCUGGAGUUAUUCCGUUUUGUGGGAAAGCUGGAUCUUCUAAAUAUGAGGUUCUGGUGAAGACAGGAUGGGGCCGAGGGUCUGGUACCAGCGCUCAUGUUGGCAUCAGUCUGUAUGGAGUGGACAGUAAAAGUGGCCACAGGCAUCUAGACGGGGAGAAUACCUUCCGCAGGAACAGCGUGGACAUCUUCCAGAUAGCAACAGAGAAGAGUUUGGGAAAUGUUUGGAAAAUCCGUCUGUGGCAUGAUAAUAAAGGACUCAGCCCUUCUUGGUACGUGCAGCACGUCAUCAUCAAGGAUCUGCAGCGCAGUAAGAAUUACUUCUUCCUGGUGAAUGACUGGCUGUCUGUGGGGCAGGAGGAGAGCGGCCGUCGGGUGGAAAAGGAAAUCUUUGCAGCCAGUGAAACAGAACUGAAGCGAUUCUCCCGCAUCUUCAUGGCUGAACUCCAGCGCGGAGUCUCCGAGAAACAUGUCUGGCUGUCUAUGUGGGAACGACCACCCCGCAGCCGCUUCACCCGCGUCCAGAGAGCCACCUGCUGCGCUCUACUCAUAUUCCUCUUCCUGUGCGCUAAUGCUGUGUGGUACGGCGUGGUAGGAGAUAAGAAUCAUGGGGACAGAGCGGUGUCGGAGUCUGUUCCUCUCAGCGUGGACUCGGUGGCUGUGGGACUGGUGACUAGUGUCUUGGUGUAUCCCAUCUACCUGAUUAUUCUCUACCUGUUCAGACGAGCCCGCAGCAAGACCUGCGUCCGGCCGGCCCUCACCUACUUUGACCAGCACUCUAUAGAAAUUGACAACUACUUGGACACAGUGAUGGAGAGCUCCUUCAUGGGGCACACGGGGAACCAUGGAGAGGCUUUCUCUGACCAAACCAAAACAGAAAUUCCCAUGGCAGACACAAAGAGCUUCAUCCAGUGGAAUACCAAUGACGGCGUGCUCAGCUGGCCCGACCUCCUCAGUGAUCCUUCCAUCAUGGGCAACACCAUUCAAAAGCUGGAGAGACACCGAACCAGCUGUAACGUUGGCUUAGAUGCCAGCUGCCAUCCCAGCGAGGAUGAUAGCGUGGUGUUAGGGCUACCACAGUCUCUACCACGGCAGUUCUUAGCAUCAGAUGGAGCCAGCAGCAUGUCCCUUCCACCAGAACUUAGAAGGAUCUCUCGGACCGACACUGAUCUGCUAUCGGACUUAUCGAACCCGUUUGGAGAUAAGACAGAAACCAUCAUGUUGGAUAAAUUGAAUGAAAAAGGGCAGACUUUAUCUGGAUCUGCCAGGGAUGUGACCAAAUCGGUCAGGUCCAACCGGACAGUCAUCACAGAUGCUUUCCAGAGACACAAACAGAUGCUGCCAUCUUGGUGCACACGUGUGGCUCAUGCGCUCAGCUGCUUCCUCCUCCUUUCCUGUUUUGCUGUUUCGGUGUGGAUUGGGGUGGGCUUCACCUCCAGCGUUGGUCUUAUGUGGCUCAUCUCUGGAAUAUUCAGCUUCCUCUGCUCGUUCUUUGUUUUGGAGCCCUUAAAGGUUCUCCUGGAGGCCGUAUACUUUGCACUGGUGGUGAAGCGACUGUACCCAGAAGAAGAGGAUACGUUAGUAGAAUGCCCCCUGGUGGAGCAGGUCUCUGAGAGAAUCACCAAGGUGCGACCACCACAAGGAUUUGCCUUGUUCCAGGCCAGAGAGGAAGCACAGAAGGUCAAACUUCUGCAUAGGAUGCUCAAGAACCUGAUGGUUUACACGCUCUUCUUACUGGUCGUCCUCCUGACCAACUAUGGUGAUGCCUCCGUGAACCACCGGGCGUACCUGCUGCAGCGCUCAGUGCGACAAGAGAUGGGAAGCCACAAAUUCAUGCAGAUUAAGAGGUCGGAUGAGUUCUGGGCCUGGGCUUCUGAUGUGCUGCUGCCAUUCCUGAAGAACAGUCAGCGGGGGAGCUACAGCAGCUUGUUGGGGUCUGCUCGCUUACGCCAGAUUCGGUUAAAGAACGCAGUGUGUGACAUCCACUCAUUGCCCGGCCAUGGGACCUGUUCAGAAGAGCUUGAUGACAUCAACUAUGACAUUGGUUGGACCAAUACUUCUGACGUCUCCUCCUGGGAUUGGUCAUAUUCUCCACCAGAUGAUACCGGGGCAUGGUAUUGGGGUUUCCUCUCUUUCUACGACAGUUCCGGUUACGUUCAGCAGCUGGGUGGCAGCUUGGAGGAGAACCGAGCUGUCUUAGAGGACCUCCAGCAAGACCACUGGAUUGACAACCUCACGAGGGCGCUAUUUGUGGAGUUCUCUCUCUAUAGCCCUGGGGUCCACCUUUACUCCUCAGUGACGCUGCUGCUGGAAUUCCCACUGGCUGGUAGAUCGUUGCCAUCGGCUGAAAUAAGAGCUUUCCCUUUACUGCGCCUGAGCAGUGGUACUCACCUACUCCUUACUAUGAUGGUCUUCCUCAUGAUGUUUGUGGUGUACUUUGUUCUUGCUGAGUGCCUAUUGAUUAGGAAGGAGGGGCGCCUCUAUUUUACCCACUUCUGGAAUUACAUCCAGUGGUUACUGACGGUCUUGACGGUGAGCACGGUGGUCGUAUACCUGAGUCGAGGCAGCCUGGCCGACCAGCAGUGGGAAAGAUACCGGAAGGACAAAGCCUCGUUUGUCAACCUGCACCAUGUGGCCUUCUUGGGGAACACCUUCAACAGUCUCUCUGCCUCCCUGCUCUUCCUCUUUACACUGAAGGUCGCGCAGCAGCUGCGAUUCAUCAGAGAGUGGUCCGUAUUUGGGAAGACACUGAGUUUGUCAGUGAAAGAGCUAUGUGCUGCAGCUGGGGCCACACUAGGUUUGCUGCUGGUGUACGCUCAGCUUGGCUUUUUGCUUUUCUCAUCCUCCUGGGAGAGAUUUCACAGCUUUGGGGCGAGCGUCCUCUCUCUGUUCGCUGUGGCUCGUGGCACUAUUACUCUAAAAGCCCCUUUCCCGUAUUCCUCCUAUGUUCACCAUCUUUACUUCGCAAGCUACCUGGUGCUGGAAGUAUGGAUCCUGAUGCGAUUCUUUGGGGCCAUGUUGAUCAACAGUUACCGACAGGUGCGGCUGGAUUUGUUCCGACCGGCAUACGAGCUGCAGGACUAUGAGAUGGUGGAGCUCUUUCUUAGAAGGCUUAGGAUCUGGAUGGGUGUCAGCAAAGUGAAAGAGUUCCGUCACAAGGUGCGUUUUGAAGGGAUGGAGCCACUUCCUUCACGUUCCUCCAGUGAUUCCAAGUCUCUUCGAGGUUCCACCCCUAGUGCGGCUUCUGAUACAUCCUCUUCCUCCUCCUUCUCCACAAUCUCCAGUCAGCUAGAUACAUUCAGCGCUGUGAGCACCAGGGAGAGAGCAGAAGUCGAUGCCAACAUCCAAAGAUUGCUCCCUGUGCUGGAGACUCUUCUGGCACAGUUUGAUCUGGUCAACCACGCUACAGAAGAAGUGUAUCAAAUAGAGCGCAGCCUUCAAGAUGUACAAAUGAGAGUAGCCAAGAAGAGGAGAAGGCAGCAUGGGAGCACUCCGACUCAGAGGUCACCAAGUCAUUCCCAAGAAACUCAAGUGCCCCAGCAGAACGCUUCAUUAAGUGGAAGAAGGUUGAAGAAUUCUCUGCCUUCUUCUCAGUCUUCCAGUAUUUCUCAGGUAUUAAAAGAGAGCACUUCAGCAGGCAAAAUGAUCACUAUGGACAAGGUGGUGGCAGAAGAACCAGCACUCGUCCCCAUGCAGUUAACUCAGAACAAACGGAGGAAGUCAAUGCGGGCACACAACAGAGUCCACCCCAGUGUCAGUUAGCGGACUUCAUCCAUGUGGUGGCACACAAUCAUCUACAUGGGUAUCAGAUCCAGGAGCUUCUUAGAGCCCAUGAGAAGUAUUUCUGAAUACAGUUCAGGAUCUUGCUCUUCUAAACUAACUGAAGAUCUUUGCAACACAUUGCAAGCUCCUCAUGUUGGCCUGUGAACACUUGGCAUCCCUCUUUGACAGCGUUUCCCAAGAUACGUCAACAAGCACAGGUCCCUUUCUUGGUUCUCAAAGCCCUGGAGGCUUUUGGAGUUCUCUCUACAGGCCCUGGUGGCUUGAAAGCUUUACUUUUGGGAGCCCUGGUGGCUCUAGAUGAUGCUUUUCAAUGAGCCCUGGAGGCUUAUACUUUGGUUGGAAGACAGCUGGCUGUCCCACAACCCAUCCUGUUGACGAUCACUAUGACUUAUAAUUGGGAAUCCCAAAGCUACAAGGAG